AUUGCUGCUGGCAUUACUGCUGUUUGUCCCAGUAGAGCUGCCGUAGUUUGAGAACCUGGCGCGGUUUGUGGAGGAAAGCUGAGCGCGAGGGGAUUCGUAUGUUAUCAGGACUGCUGGUGACAGAAGUUUGGUGUUUUGGCUAUGUGUUCGCUUGCGCUGUUCCCACCGCCGCUCUCGGGCGGACAGAUCACUCUGUAUGAAGCGAAUAAUGAGCUUGUGGCAGGGAGCUCACCGGACUGCUACGAAAAACAGCACUGGGACCCUCCUAGUCUGAAUUUUCCCAGGGAAACUUUGAAGCCACAUAGUCGUCCAGAGAGCAGCAGCAAAGCUGCUUUUCUGGAUCACAAGGAUACGCUAUGGAUGAGGAGCGCUGGAGCUUGGCGUGAUGCAGGUCUUUCGGGCCUUUUAGAUGAAAUCACUAAUAGCGCUGAAGAAGUGCCUAAGUGGCUGGCAGUGAGUUCAGGAUGUGUUUUGGCUCUGAUACGAUGGAUGUCUUCAUUCCAUGGCUCUCUGUUUCCACAUCUAACUUUAAGUGGAGAGGAGAUGACUGCUGAAUUCUCCCAAGUGUUGGAUUGGUCUGAUAGUGCUAUCCGAAGCUUUGCUUGGCAUCCUCACACAGACAAAUUUGCAGUAGCCCUUCUGGAUGAUUCCAUCAAGAUCUAUAACUCUCGGAGUGCAACAGCCCCAACUUUAAAGCACCGGCUGCAGAGGAACGUGAGUGCUAUGCAGUGGAAACCUCUGUGUGCAUCUGCUCUGGCUGUGGCGUGUCACACCUGCCUUCUUGUCUGGCAUGUCGAUCCUUCUUCACUGUCUACACGGCCCUCUUCUGGUUGUGCUCAGGUGUUGUCUCAUCCAGGUCAUUCUCCAGUCACGUCUGUUGCCUGGUCUCCUUCAGGGUCUUUAUUAGUGUCUGCCUCUCCUGUGGACACUGCCAUGAUGGUAUGGGAUGUGGCCGCUGAGAACUGUGUUCCACUACAGCGAGUGGGAGGUGGAGGAGUCACAAAUGUCUCUUGGUCACCAGAUGGCAGUCGGCUGUUGGCAGCCACACCUUCUGCCCUAUUCAGGGUUUGGGAGACCAGAAUGUGGACAUGCGAGCGGUGGCCUUGUCUGAAAGGGCGAUGCCAGUCUGCAUGCUGGAGUCCUGACGGAAGCCGAUUGUUGUUCAGUGUUCAGGGAGAAAUGGUGAUCUAUGCACUGACGUUCUCAGACAUGACAGGAGGACCGAAAUCUGCUGCAGUUGUGGCUGAUCUUUCUGAAACCACCUUCAGUGGGAUUGAUGAUAUCACUGUUGGGGGAGAGGUUCAGUCCCUUGCUUGGGAUCCCACUGGAGAGAGACUGGCUGUGCUUCUGAAAGGCAAUGCAGGAUCCUCCAGUCAUCCUGCUAUUAUAGCUGUGUUUAAAACACGCUCCAGCCCAGUCUUUGAAUUGCUUCCAUGUGGCUUUGUGAGUGGGGAGAUUGGAGCAGAGCCUAGACUGAUUCAGUUUCAUCCUCAUUUCCAGCAUGGUGCAUUGCUCACAGUGUGCUGGUCCAAUGGCCGGAUUUCUCAUGUGCCGUUCUAUUUUGUAAGUGUGGGGAGACCACACACUGGUGGAAGCCCUCCACUCCCACACAUCACCAGCAAGAUAGAAGAUUACAGUACUACACACACGCUCUACACAGAACAGAUUUCCUAAACAAUGAUUUGUUGUUUCCUACUUUCUACUUACUACUUGCCAUAUCUCAACAUAUGCCUAUGGUUUACUACUGUUUGCACAAACUAAUAAACUUUGAUAUCCUCAUUGA